AUGGGCGGAUCACUUAAUUGUAAAAUACUUGGUCCACCUCCCCAACCUUUUCUUUUUCUUUUCUUUUUCUUUUCUUUUUCUUUUCUUUGUCUUUUCUUUGUCUUUUCUUUGUCUUUUCUUUGUCUUUUCUUUGUCUUUUCUUUGUCUUUUCUUUGUCUUUUCUUUGUCUUUUCUUUUUCUUUUAUUUUCUUUUUCCUUUUUCCUUUUUUCUUUUUUUCCCUUUUCUUUUUUCUUUUAUCUUUUUCCUUUUCCUUUUCCUUUUCCUUUCUUCUUUUCCUUUUCUCUUCUUUUCCUUUUCUCUUCUUUUCCUUUUCUCUUCUUUUCCUUUUUCUUCUUUUCUUUUUCUUCUUUUCCUUUUUUCUUCUUUUCCUUUUUUCUUCUUUUCCUUUUUUCUUCUUUUCCUUUUUUCUUCUUUUCCUUUUUUCUUCUUUUCCUUUUUUCUUCUUUUUUUUUCCUUCUUUCCUUCUUUUUUUCCUUUUUUCCUUUUUUUUCUUUUUCCCUUUUUUCCUUACAUAUAUUGAGGAAAAUAAUUUCCAAGGCCUAGCAGAUUUUUGUUAUACUCUAUGA